AUGUCCGAAUCCAAUCUACUCUUUGAUUGGGUGUCUCCCGACGAUUUGAAUGAUGCUGUUGAAAUUGAAAAGCAAGGAUUUCCAGAGGACGAAGCCGCCUCCAUUGAGGCAUUUCGGUUUCGUCAAUCGCAAGCCGGGAAUCUAUUUCUCGGAGGCUAUCUAGUCUCCGGAGAGCAGCGACGGUUAAUCGGCUAUGUUUGCUCAACGCUUUCUCCAGCAACAACCUUGACGCACGAAUCCAUGUCUACACACGUCCCUGGAUCCUCGAGUAUCUGCAUACACUCUAUCUGCAUUGCAAAGGAGCACACAAAGCAGGGCUUUGGUUCUAAACUUCUGAAGGAAUAUAUUUCUCGAUUGCAGCUAGCUGCGAAAGAUCCUUCCACCUCCUACGAUCGAAUAUUGCUUAUAGCUCAUGAGGAGCUACGCGGAUUUUAUGAAAAAGCCGGCUUCGAAUGGGCGGGGGAAAGCUCUGUAAAACAUGGAUCUCGUCCGUGGUUUGAAAUGCGAAAGAUACUAGAUAGUUCAAAUGAUGCCACUCCUUUACCUCCAGCAGAUAUAGCCCCACCUUUGCAAGGUCUUCCCCCCGGCUUAUGGGAAGCUCUUCAAAAAUCAUCCACGUCACGCAACAAGCCAGUGCCCCGACCACUAUCAUCCUUCCCUGGAGGAAUUGAAACCCUAAUCCAAACCACUGAUACUGGUAUCUCAACCAACAAAUUCGAUCUCCUCUGCCCUCGACCAGGAUGUGGGAGUAUUAUCCUGAAGCACGGAGUAGCAAAGUGGUUUGAACGCUCUAGUGUUCAGAUGGAGCCCUCUGAUCAGCCCGGGAAUCCUCUCUUGUCGAAGCUCCCCCCUUCGCCGCAAACAACGCACUGGUGGCUCGCCGGUCCAUCCCCUAUGGUGUUCGAGAAUAUCGGGUUCUCUCGACCAGUCGCCUCAUUGCCUCCUUCUGACACAGGGGCGAGAUUGAAGUUGUUGAUUUGCGGCGAGUGCGAUCUCGGUCCAUUAGGUUGGUGCGAGGAAGGCGGGACUGAAUACUGGUUGGCCUGCUUACGUGUUGGAUAUCACGAAUAA